AUGAAGUGUCUUCCGGCGUCCAAACUUGAUGAAGCAGAUGGUAAUGCGAUUCAUGAUUGGCAUGCCGAGGUCCUUGCUGUUAGGACUUUCAACCGAUUUCUCACAGACGAGUGCAAAACUUUGCAGCAGGGAAAGUCUGCUUCCCUUCUGCAAGCUUGCGGCUCCCAUGAGCCCAAACCGUUCCGCAUCAGAGAUGGUUUGAAGCUUCACAUGUACUGCUCUGAAGCACCCUGUGGAGAUGCAAGUAUGGAGUUGUUAAUGGCAGCCCAAGACGACGCAUCGCCCUGGGAUAUCCCGUCGUCACCCGCGACAGCAGAAUCAGAUGAAACUGCGACAUCGCUUCCAGGUCGAGCCUAUUUCUCCCAAUUGGGUGUUGUUCGACGCAAGCCCGCGCGAGGCGACGCCCCUCCAACUUUGUCCAAAUCCUGUUCCGACAAAAUCACGCUCAAACAAUACACAUCGCUCCUCUCGUCAUUGACAUCUCUCUUUGUCGAUACUCCAAGCGCUUAUAUCGACACGCUGGUGCUGCCAGUGUCUCAAUACUCAGCUACAGGCUGCCAAAGAGCGUUUUCGGAACGUGUAAACAAUUUGACGAAUGUAUCUUGGCCCGGGGGCUACCAGUUCCGUCCGUUCACAGUCGAGACUACUGAUGAAGAGUUUGAGCUUUCGAGGAAGAAAAUAAGAGAAAGGUCUGAAAAAAUUGCGCCAAGUAACAUUGCGGCUGCGUGGUCUGCCAGUGGUGUGGAAGAGACGAUAUUGGGUGGUGUUAUUCAAGGGAGGAAGCCUUUCGAUGUCAAGGGCGCCAGUAAGAUGUCCAGAAGACAACUGUGGAUAGCAGCCAGAGAAGUAUCCAAAAGUUUGAAUGGCUACGGUGGUAUAAGGCAGCUUCUGAGCUUCAAGACCUACCAAGACGUCAAGAGCGGAGAGUUGCUAGCGGAUAGACGACGUGUCAAGCAACGCGUUCGGACAACUGCUUUGGCUGGCUGGAUCCCAAAUCUGGGCGACUCAAAUUUCUCGAUCUGUACCAGUGCUUGCAAAUCAAGCCUGCGGCAAAGAGCUCUGGCAGGUAUUGGAGAAUAG